AUGGAAGCAAAUCUUUUUUAUCUGGCGGUGAUAGGUGCUAUCAUCGUCUACCUUUAUCGCCGGGUGACAAAAAACAACGACUACUUCCACGAUAAACCGAUUCCUUCGUUGGCCGUGAAACCAUUUUUUGGCUCAACUGGAUCGUUAAUGCUGAAGCGAACAACUUAUCCGGGUUUCAUCUCCUCUAUCUACAAUAAGUUUCCCAAUGUGAAAGUCCUGGGACUGUUCGACACGACCACGCCGAUGUUUGUCAUUCGAGAUCCGCAGCUGAUCAAGCAAAUCGGUGUGAAGGAUUUCGACCACUUUGUGGACCACCGGCAAAUGUUCGGACGCGGUGAAGAAACCGACAAUUCACAUGCCCUGUUCAUUAAAACCCUAGUCGCACUCAAUGGACAGCGCUGGCGAGAUAUGCGGUCCGCACUUAGUCCAGCUUUCACCGGCAGUAAGAUGCGGCAAAUGUUCCAGCUGAUGGAGGAAUCCAUCCAGACGAUGAUGCGUCACUUGGAAGCGGAUCUGAAACAGAAGGGUUCCAUGGAGGUGGAAGUGAAGGACGUUUUGUCGCGACUAGCGAUGGAUGUGAUUGCUUCUUGUGCUUUUGGGCUUAAAGUUAACUGUUUUGAAGAUCGUGAGAAUGAGUUUUUGCGGCAUGCCAAAAAGAUGGUACAUUUUGGUAGGCCGUUAGUUUUUCUGAAAAUUAUGGCCUUUCGAUUGUUUCCUGUUCUGUCCAGUCGAUUUAGUUUGGACAUGAUUGAUAAGGAACAAGCGGUGUACUUUUCUGACAUCAUAAAACACACUGUUCAAACACGCGAGAGUAAGGGAAUCAUUCGACAUGAUAUGAUCGACUUAUUGUUGCAAGCCAGGAAAGGUACCUUGAAGCAUCAUCAGGAGACGGAAGUUAAUGAAGGCUUCGCUACAGUAGAAGAAUCUGAUGUAGGUAAAGGUCAGGUGACCAAAACGAUGACCGAGACCGAAAUGAUAGCUCAGUGUUUGAUAUUCUUACUCGGAGGCUUUGAGUCGGUCUCAACAACUGGCACUUUCCUGAUUUACGAAUUAAUUCGCAAUCCUGAUAUUCAGGAAAAAUUAUACCAAGAAAUUUUAGAAACAGAAAAGUUCCUAAAUGGAAAACCACUUACGUAUGAUGUAUUACAAAGUAUGAAAUACAUGGACAUGGUGGUAUCAGAAUCACUUCGGAUGUGGCCCCCAGGCCCGGCACUUGAUCGGCUCUGCGUACGGGACUACGUAGUGGAUGAUGGCGAAGGGCUUCGUUUCACCAUUGACAAAGGAACGUGCGUCUGGAUACCGGUUUACGGGCUGCAUUACGAUCCAAAAUAUUUCCCCAACCCGGAACGUUUCGAUCCGGAGCGGUUUAACGAUGCCAAUAAAGCCGACAUAAACCGGGACGUCUACCUACCGUUCGGUAUUGGGCCGAGAAACUGCAUCGGAUCACGGUUUGCCCUGAUGGAAGUUAAAACCAUCAUCUAUCAUAUGCUGCUGAAAUUUCCUUUCCAACGAAGCGAAAACACACAGAUUCCACUGAGCCUAAAGAAGGGACUGGUUCAUCUUGCAAUGGAGAAGGGAAUGUUUAUGCAGUUACAGACUCGUACUAGACAGGAAUGA